UCUUUUAACAAUUCAGGCGACAGCGCUACAACACAAUAAACCUAUCUAUCUGACGCCCAUAAUUGGAUAGAAGAGUUAUCAGAUCUAUAUUCACGACCGCGAGGACUCUCGCCGGGAAUAUACCAGAGCCUUGAAUUCGAGUAUUGAGGAAUCACGUCUCGAUUCUGGGUCUUCUACUGCAACAAUGGUUCUGGACAAAUGCCAUGAAUAUGGGCUCUUGAUGCACCACCUUAAUCGGGGGCAAGCAGAAGGACUCUUUUGGGGGCUUUUUGGCUUUGUGAUUAUUCUUCUGAUCACGGCGGGACUGGCCUGGACGAGCUCCGAAAGGAUCGUAAAGAAGAUAAAGGAGGCGGAGACGGACCUCGAGAAAGGGUAUGCACGCGAGGAUCUCGAGCACAAAAAGAAGCAGUUGACCGAGCGCCAGUACAUCACCGUGGCCAUCACCUCGGUGUCGGCGCUCGCUGCCACGGUUGCGACUAUCAUGGAGGCCUUCGCGGCGCUGACGCUGGAGUACUGCGAUGGUGAGGACCUCAUGCAGUUCUACUGGGGCUUUUGGACCCUCAUCCAAGUCGGCUCCGUCAUUGCCAUGAUCGGCCUCGCUGCCUACCACUACUACAGCUUGAACGAUAAGGACCACCCGCCGUGGAUGGUGGCGCUGGGGACGCCGGUGUUGGUCAUUGCUGGCCUCGGGCACAUGGUGGUUCUGGGCGUGCGGACGGCGUGGAGGAAGUUCAGCGGCUAUUCGAAGAAGAAGCAGUCACAGGUCCCAAGGAGGGGAUCGUCCACCAGCAUGAUCCUCCGCAGGAGUAAUACGUAUAAGGCUACGAUUCUGGGGUUCAGGAACGACGGCGAGGUCAUCCUUCACUUCCCCGACCGGUAUUAUAGACCGCCGCAGCCGAAUGGGACCGAGUUGCUCGGCUUCGAUCCGGUGGAUGGCGGCCCCAUCCUCCUGUAUAAGAACGUUUAUCCCGAGGCAUCGCGAGCAAUCUCGGUUUCUAGCGGAGCCAUGCGCCAGGUUGUCACAGUCGAGGACAAGGAUAAAAGUCCUCCACAACAAGCAGCGGUCCAAGAACAUCAACCUUCAACUUCAGGCGAAGCAUCGUCACAGGAUGCGGUUGGGUCAUGAGUGGCCUAAUUAGUCUUCUAAUUUCUUCUCUUUUUAUAAAUCGUUGCUGCGUUUCUCGAGGGC